AUGUCUAGCGUGUCCAUUUCUCUUCAAGCGCCACCACUUCCCAUCCCAAACGAUCUACAGUACCUGAUUUCGCGCAUCAAUGAGCAGAAAGGAGGGUUUCGCAACGUGACCGAAGAGAGCCUGGAAGAAGAGAUCAAGAACGGAGCUGAAGAAGCUGUCGAAGAAGAAAGCGAAGAUGACGAGCCUACAGAUGACGAAGAAGAUCCGCAGUCGAAGAAAGAAAAGGUGCAAAAAGCCAAGGAAGAGAUGCUGAAGCAAGUCAAUCAAGCUCAUCAAGAGACUGCAAUGGCCCUCGAUUUCAUCUCUCUCCUCCUGUCGCAACGUACGCCAGGUCCGGCAGGCCUCACCUUGUCGCCUUAUCUGAAGCAGAACCUACCACUUGGGUCACUAGGCGCAGAAAAGGUUCAAGCUCAAGACAUGAUAGAUGCCGAAAAAGAGCAAGGUGAUAUGCUGGCUUUGGGGGUGAGGAUGGAGUCAUUGAACGAUUCCGCAAACUCGAUCCUCAAGUCUGCGACUCGGCUUGAGCGGGAAGUCGAGAAAGAGACAAAGUACUGGGAAGAGGUUCUUAAAGCCAAGGAGAAUGGAUGGUCGCUUCUCAGACUUCCUCGUGAAAAGCACACCCUCGGUGUUCGGUACGGCUUUGCUGAGGCAGCGCCAGCAUUUCGAGAUCGAGGCCUAGCUGCUCUCCGGCAAAAUGGCGAUGGGUCUAUCAGUCUGGACAGAGGUCCUAAUGCAAAGAAUGACAGACUGUGCUUACGCUGUCUGCAAAAUGGUAAAGUUAUAUCCACACUUAUCGACUACGAGAACCCUCACGCAGAAGGGUCGCUCGAAAGAGAUAUCCUGGAUGCUAGAAACAGCAUCUACGACGAAGAGGUCUUCUUCGAACUGAAUCGAGAAGCACAACACCUCGCCAGCUAUGGCGUUCAGUGCAUCGAAGACAAGAUCCUCCUUCCCUUCAAAAACCACCAACAAAUCGAGAUCGCCCUCGAACCAGUCUACGGACAUGAAGCAAGUCAGCAAACACAAGACGAUCUCACAUUAAAGCAAAUAAUGCUCCUUCUCCGGCUUCUCCUCUCCCAAGCCCAUAAGCAGAAUUUACACACUCGCUCACAGACCCCUCCUCCACUCCGAGACCGCAACCCGCCUCGAACUAUCCACCCUAUCCUCAAACCUCUAGUCGAGAUCCUCGAGCACCAAUCUCAGAUCGCUAAAUUGCACGACUUUCUCACAAAGUUAUCAACCUCCCUCUCCAAAGCCAGCCUACCAUUCACUUUCUCGACCACACACAAGCCCACACCUCCCUCACCUACACCACCACAACCAACCACCGCCGCACAGAUCUCCACCCUCCUGUCCUCACUUACAACCACAUCCCUCGCAAUCACCCUCCCCGGCCCUUCCAGCCCCCUCAUCGUACAAGCAAGCACAGCAGUAGGCGGACUUAACCCCGGCACGUCCUUCACAAUUUCUCCCGACCCCGACUCCGCCACCACCACCACCACGACGAAUAUCUCCAGGCCCACCUCCGCCUCUCCCCGGACCCCCGCCCCAGCAAUAACACCAGCAUUAAUCCACCCCUCCCUCCCCGCCCUUGUCCUAGCCCUGACCUCACACCUUCAAGAUGCGAUCAAGGAAUACAUCAAAAUCACCAUCCCAUCAUGGAAAGACGCAGAAAUCGGGAUCGAGGUCAUGGAACGGCGUCCCACCCCCUCGAAGAAUAGAGGCGGCGAUGGCAUUGCGAUAGAGAUAAAGGAGGAAGGUUUAGAGUUGAGAUGGUGGAAAGUCAAGACGGCGUUGGAGCUGGAUCCCUUGAUAGCCGUGGGCGAGGGGAGGAGUGGGGGCGGGGGAGAAAAGCGGUUUACAUGGCGGGCAGCCAGGGAAGGAGAGGAAGGAGAGGAAGGAGGGGAGACGAGAUCGUUGAGGGAGGUUGUGGAGGGUCUUGGGUUAUAA